CGGGGAAGGGAAGGAAAUAAAAAAACAAAAGUUGUUCAGUGGUACUGAGUAAGCCGUAGGCCUCCUAGGAAGGUCGUCGUUCGAUUCCGCUCCGACGUUUUAUUUUAUUUCGCUUCUACGGUUCUCCACGGAAAUCGUGUCGCCAAUUUAGUCUCGCGAUUCGACAUGAGAUUCUUCCGGUCGCGUUUACGUUCGUUGCAACGAAUACCGCGACACUAACGCGUGUGAGGUUUUCGUCUCGUCGCGGACACCGGUGGUCCGGAUCGGUUGUGGUGCCUUUUCGAAUCGCGUUAGGUGGACUCUGGUUCCUCUAGUGGUUUCGGGGACCGUUCAUAGAGCAAGUGAAAAGCAGCAGUGAUUUUUUUUCGGUUUCGUCGCGACGAAAUUAUAUACACGUGAUCGCAAGAUGAUGGUGCUUGUUCAGACGGUGCUGACGGUGGUCUUCUCUGCGUUGGCGACAGGAGCAUCGCGAUCCUCGGCCAUCUACGCGGACGACAAAGUGCAAAAUUAUUUGAUGAAAUUUGGAUACCUGCCCCAGUCGGAUUUGGAAACCGGAAACCUUAGGACGGACGACCAACUCAGGAGCGCUAUUAAACAUUUACAGAAAUUUGGUGGUAUUCCUGUAACUGGCAAAAUCGACGAGGCCACAUCGAAAUUGAUGAAGCUGCGGCGAUGCGGACUUCCGGACCAACCGGAUCCCAGGUAUACGAGGAUGAGGCACAAGCGUUAUACGGUCCAAGGACAACAGUGGCCACAUCGGAAUCUCACCUGGAGCCUGAGAACCGAGCAACCGAGUGGCCUCGACACGGGUGACGUUCGUUUCGAACUGAGCAAAGCCCUCGGUCUCUGGGCUCGAAACUCGAAACUCACGUUCCAGGAAGUGAACAGCGACAGGGCGGACAUUUUGGUAUACUUCCAUCGUGGUUAUCACGGUGAUGGAUAUCCUUUCGAUGGCAGGGGCCAGAUCCUGGCACACGCCUUCUUUCCUGGCAGAGAUCGCGGCGGAGACGUUCAUUUCGACGAGGAAGAAAUAUGGCUGCUGCAGGACGACAGCAACGAAGAAGGGACCAGCCUUUUCGCGGUGGCGGCGCAUGAAUUCGGCCACUCUCUCGGCUUGGCGCACAGCUCCGUUCCUGGAGCACUCAUGUAUCCGUGGUACCAAGGAUUGAGCUCUAAUUACGAGCUACCGGAGGACGACCGAAACGGGAUUCGGCAGAUGUACGGCGAUCCCGAGGAGAAACUUUGGGCGGAUCUACCGGGUGGUCCGUCGCCUCCGUUACAUCCAACAACGCAGAGGACAACGACAAGCGUCGGAACGACCUACAGGCCAUGGAGAACACGACCGACCAGACCGAAUCACUAUCCAAACGACGACCGACCUCGACGCCCUGAUCGUUACCCUCAAAAGCCGGAUUAUAGGACGGAGAGACCGGACGAUCGACCUCAGAGGCCUCACAAGCCUCACAGGCAUCACACGACAUCGACCACCACCACUAUGAGAACAACAAACACUCAAAGACCGAGGCAUCGAUGGACACCGACGCCCAGGUCCGACGUGCCAGAUAAAUGUGACACCAGCUACGACGCCAUUAGCAUUAUUCGAAGGGAAAUCUUCGUGUUCAAAGGACGAUAUCUGUGGAGAAUCGGCGACCAAGGAUUGUACGAGGGAUACCCGGCGGAAAUUACGCGUUUGUUUAAUCUUUCCGAGGAUAUCGAUCACGUGGAUGCAGUUUACGAGAGGCCGGACAAGAAGAUAGUAUUUUUCAUCGGGAAACUGUAUUACGUUUUCAACGCCAACAAUCUCGAGCCCGGUUAUCCGAAACCAUUAACGGUACUGGGACUUCCGGAUUCGUUGGAAAAGGUUGAUGGGGCGAUGAUUUGGGGGCACAAUGGAAAAACUUAUUUCUUCAGCGGAUCCAUGUAUUGGAGGUUCGAUGAAUCUGUCAACCAAGUAGAACUGGAUUAUCCAAGAGACAUAAGUAUGUUCGCUAAUGUUGGGAACGAUAUCGACGCUGUUUUCCAGUGGAAGAACGGCAAGACGUAUUUCUUCAAAGGGAAGGGCUUUUGGGAAUUCGAUGACUUAAGGAUGAAAGUCGCCCACGAGAAACAGAAACUCUCGGCGCCAGUCUGGAUGGGCUGCCCUCGAGAAUUGGAAACGAAUGACGUUGAAAGUUAUCCAAGAAAAUCAAAGAUCAUGGACUCGAGCGACGCGUCAGCACUGCCAACACUUUCUCUCGGGUUAUUUUUUAUAGCAUAUUUUAGCAAAUAUUUGUAAACUGUGAUAUUUAUGUAAAGUCGCGUAUGGACACGAACGCUUACGCGCGUACGCGUUCAAGUCUACAAGCGACUAAAAUUUUAACG